AUGGAUAUCUAACUUCUCUCUCUUGCAAGCCUUCUUGAUAAAAACCCAUUUGAGUUCUCAUAGUUCUGUGCCAUGUUUUCCGGGUAAUGGGUCUCUGCUUCUGAUUCUCCUCGGGUUUUGAGCUCCUCACAAGCUCUUUACUGCUCAAUAAAACAACCAUCUUGUGGGUCAUUGCUGCAUCUCUGGUCUGUCUCUCACAGUGGCUGAUUCUCUUCAUAUGACUAAGAUGCCAGAAUCUAAAUCAGAGAUGCAGUUUCCCAGCUACCUCCCUGUCUGCAGCGCCACCAAAGAUCUUCGUGCGAGUGGUAGCAACAGACCACUGCUUGAUAACGAUCAGGUACAAACAAGUGGACAUAGCAGAACAUCGCAUCAUAAUGAUCAGUUACAGAUAGCUGGAGAUGGCUACAAUAAUCUAUAUCCACCUUCUAACGCAAGCCAGCUUCAAGAUCACGAGAAGGAAAUGAUAAGGAAUAUUAUGCUAGAACAAGAAGCCACAUUUAAGCAUCAGCUCAGUGAACUGCAUCGUGUACAUGGAAGACAACGGGAGCUAAUGGAUGAAAUCAGAAUGAAAAGACUCACUACAAAUAAUAUAGAAGGGAAGACAUCAAAGACUAAUCCAAUCAUGUUUGGAGGUCUAUCUCAAUCAAAUCAAACAUGCCAAGUUCCCAACUCUAGUUUAGUGGAUCCAAGGUACCAUUGGUCUUCAACAAUCAUCAACUUUGAUGAUGGGAAGAGCAUGCAAGCAGCUCCAAACACUUCCAUUGUUGCAAGCAGCCUGAAAGACAACGUAUUCUUGCCAUGCAGCAGCAAAGAGAUCAGGAAAAGAACAUUCGAUCUUAAACUCCCAGGUAAUGAGUACAUUGACCGUGAAGAGGAGAGGUUCAGAAAUGGAACUGUUUCGGGUGUCUCCAAGGUGCCGGACUAUGCUAUUAAGGAUCUUUCUGCUGUUUGCCAUCUGAAAGACAGUAAAAUUCCCGUCUGCAAAGAUCAGUUGAAUCCUUCAGAAGGGAAUUCAUCUCGAACUAACUUCAUACCAACUAUAACAGAUCUGGCUGGAUGGAACAAGACUUCCCUAAUCAACCAAAAAGGGCCUCUAUAUUCCUCAAGUUCCCUGCCCUUGGGUACGAGCAUCAUGGCGGAACCGCAUUUGGCGCGGUCCUACGCCCAAAUGCCAAACAUGGUGUUCCAAGUUCAGACAAAGGAAAAUGCUCGUAUGCAGAUAGGAAAGGAUCUUGAAAUUCACUCAGAGGAUUUGUAUCUGAAGAAACUGUCUAGGCAACACGAGCACACAUCUUCGAACCAUCUUAUGUCUCCCACCAAACCCUUUGACACACAUGCAUCAUCGAGUAAGAAUGCAACAUUAUCAAUUGGGAACAAUAGCCUAAACAGUAUUUGUCUGAGCAGAAACUUGACAUAUAAUCCAAGAUAUCAGAUUGACUUGAAUUCCUACCCAAUUGAAGAUGGAUCAUCACAGGUGGAAAUGGAGAAAAGAAGCAUGGCAGAUAUUAAUUUGGAGCCACCUGUGAGUCCACAGAACAAGGAGGCUUCACCUCCUAGAGGUAAUUCAGUGGAAAAGCAGCCUGCUGAUUCUGUCAAAUUGUCUGAAAAGGAUGACAAAUACCAAAAAGAUCUUGCCCUGCAGGCAGCAGAGGCCCUGGUUCUUAUUUCAUCAAACUCUGCCCAAUGCUUAAAGUGGUUUUCAGAAGUUGUUUGUUAUGCAGAAAAUGUUUUGAAAGAAGAUGAGACAGUUCAAGGUCGCAUAGCUUAUAGUAAACACAGUGAGCUCGUAGCUGAUGGGUUCAAUAACUUUGCAGCCCUAACACCGGUCAUGGAAGAGACAAAGCUGGGAGGAUAUUGCUCUAAAAGUACUGGAAACAAGAAACGAAUAGCUGCGGCCACAUCAUCAAGUCCGCCAAAGCGGAAGCGAACUAGGAGGACAAAGUCACAGAAAACGAUGCAAGGAGAUAUCCAACCUCACAUGACCUCCCCGUCGAUGCAAGAGGUGCCUCUGGAGAACCGUACUAUUAGUUGGCUGAGGGAAAAUGAAAGUAAAGCGAGGCUGGGAAAGAAAAAAUCAAGCAAAAACGAGCAGAAAAAGGGAAAGAAGCAGAAUAGUGAGCCCACUCUGCAGCAUCUGAUGUGCUCGUACCUAAAGCAGCAAAUGGCUGAUGCUAAACUGGAUUCCCUGGAAAGGCGCCUACCAAAUUGGGGAAGGAGAAACAAACGGCAAACUGGUCAUAGACGCCCUGCUUCCGAUCAUGCUCUUAGGUUGGCUGUACUUAGGCUUGUGGCCUAGUUAUUAGAAAGUUCGUUUAUUUAAUGUUAGACUUAAGGUAAAGUUCUCAGAGUUUCUUUUCUUUUAUUUAAUAUUAGGGUUGAGGUAAAGUUGUCGGAGUUUCUUUUCUUUUAUUUAAUGUUAGCGUUGAGGUAAAGUUGUCGGAGUUUCUUUUCUUCCAGUUACAUUUUAGGAAAAAAAUUUAAAACUGUGGUUUGUUGUUCUAUACAAAAAUCUUUCUGUCCUGUGUAAUAUUUUGUGAAAAUUUCCGGUUUAUCCUUGGUAUAUUAUUACUA